AUGGUCGUCCUCUACUACGCGGCUACAGCUCCGGUCAACCCGGCCGGGUCCGCGCCCGUCCUCACUGCCGCCCAGGUCUGGGCGGGCCUCCGGCGCAAGGUCCGCCACGCGGACCAGUUCGUGCCGGUCAUCACGUCGUGCGUGGUCGAGCGCGAGGAAGGAAACGUGGUGCACCGCCGGGUCACCUUCGAGGGCCGGCCGGCCAUGACGGAGACGUGCACGGAGCUCGCCCCGCACAGGGUCCAGUUCCGCCUCGAGGACGGCACGGAGGUUGACAACAUCCUGGCGCCGGGGCCGGACGGCGACUUGCACCUGACGUACGCGUUCAAAUGGAAGUUUCCAAAGAUUGAGGAGGGGGGCAAGGAGGAGAGCGACACGCUCGCGGCGCAGCAAAAGGUGAGUUAA